GGCUUAGUUGUGUAAUGCUGGGCACAUAUAAAACAGCAGACCACGUGCGUGAGCCCACAAUCUCAACUAGUUUUUUAUUUCGAGACGCUACCUUCAUUAAAAAUCCGUAUAAACAAAAUGAGUGAUCAACCAAGGCAACAGCGAGCUACUCGAGGCGCUAAACAAAACGUUGGCGCUAAACAAUUUUUAGGCAACUUUGACCCAGAACAAAGUGAGCGAGAAAAACGAAAAUUAAACAGACGACUUACCUCUGGACCUAAAAAAGCUAGUGUCUACGAUGAAAACGGUUAUCAUAUAGCUACUGGACAAGACCUUUGUGAUUGUUUGGAUUCAAAAUGUGCUGGAUGUCAUUGCCCGUGUCCAAAGUGUAGUUCGAAGAAAUGUGGUCAUGAAUGCAGAGUUGGGCGUAAAUAUAUGUACGAAUCCAUUGAGAAUGAAGGUAGUGACCAAGUUACCAGAAAUCCUACUCGUUAAGUAAAUGUGUCCAAUAAUAAGUAGUUAGUACUAUUUUAAAAAUAUUGAUUUUUUGUACCUAUUUUUAUACCAAAUCAGUAUUUUAGUAAUAUUAAGUAUCUUUUUAUGUAUGUUAAUUACAUAAUAAAUGUCCGCAGAUA